ACGGGAACUAUGCCUCGUAUAAUGGAUGUAGUUGUGUCAUUCCUGCCAUCACCUGAUAGUGGCAGCAUCAGUGUUUUGUUAAUUGUGCCUAGUAUGAAAACCAGACACACUGUAGACACCUCUUCAGUGACACAUCAAGUUCUAGAGAGACAGUUUAGUUUCACCUGUGGUAUGGAUGUAACGCAUAGGUACACAAUGCUGUCAUGCAAGCUAAAGACCCCAUCAGUACAUGAGAAAGUGUUUGUGAGAUACCAAGUGUCUCAUGAUCCUGAAUGCAAAAGUUUUAGAGCCUCACUGGGGAUAUUUAAUCAUACCUACUACACAAAAGAGACAGCGUGCUACAGCCCUCUCAUACUUCAAGCUACACUCUCCAAAAACAGCCAAGGCGGCUUCAAAGAUGAACUGGCAUUGAAGUUUGGACUUGUAGAUGUACGUACAGCUGAAAUAGACUUGCUGGGUACUAUUCACGUCAAAUUGCAACUCUACCCUCCAUUCCUAUUACAUGCUAUGGCUUACACUGCCACUAGCAUGUGGAGUAGAUGGAGAGACAUUAUGCACCAAGCUCAGGAUGAGAUUAAUACUCUGACACUGAGUGCAAAGACUGUGGUGCAGGCAGUAGCUGCAGAUGUAAUUGUGAAGGCUGACCUCCCGCAAGUGUCCAUUUCCACCCCUGCCUCUUUCCUGGCAGAUUAUUUACAAGGACAAACCCACCAUCUUCUCUUGGAGAUGAAGGAAGACCAGCUCUUGCUUGACAUUGCUCAUGGUGCACAAGCAUGUUGUGAUGUUACUGGGUGAGUGUCUUUUGUUAGUUAUCAUCCUAGCAAAGGAAAUGAAUUGUGGAAUUAUGUAUAAUAAAUAAUGUAAAGGUUGGAAUAAAUUG